AUGGCCUGUGCUUUCCGGAUAGGCUGGUACGAAGAGUUGAAGACCGAGAACGAUCAUGUUAGUGUGACGGUACAUGAAAGCUCAAGGCCCGGGGCCUCCGUGCUGCAGGACCAGUGGCCCGUCCACGAUGUGAGCUCCCCAUCGGCUGGGCCUCCCAGCCGAAACCCACAGGGGGCGGGCCCCGUGCUCUCCCAGGCCCCCCUGGGCUCUGGAGGCAGCAGAGCCGCUAGGCUGCCCUUCCUCUCCGUGCACCAGCUGGGCCGGCGUUGGCACUUCCACCUGCUCGCUCCUGCCAGACCUUCCCAUGAGGACACAGGGUCCAUCGCAACCCCCUACUUCGGAAAUCCUGUCUUCUUCUGCCCAGGUCAAGAUACCCCUCCUCCCCAAAGUGCUCCUGGGUGCCCACCCUCCUUGGCCUGCGCCCCCGGUGUGGCUCGUGCCUCCCUUUCCGUCCCUGUAGGGCUAGUCAGUCUGUGUAGAGGAUUCCUGACCACCUCCCCUCCACGUGGUCCGGCCCAGCCAAGACGUGCUGGGAGAGGGAAGCCAGAGGGGGAGACAGAGCUCUGCCCAGGCCCAGCCACCAAGGCCAGGAGCCAAGCGGGCAGCAAUAGGAGCAGCUGGAACUGGGCUGGAGUCCCAGCGCUGCCCUUUCCUAGCGGUAAAACCUCGGAGACCCUUGCAGGCCAACAGCUCCAGAGGAUGGAGUUUGGGCUGGGAAGCUCCGAGUCACAACUGCCACCUCCUCUGCAGUGCUCACUCCAAGUCGGUGUGCGUGGAGAGGGGUCUGCGCCCGGACAGCGAGGCCUGGGGUGGCUGGUGACGUCCCGCCGUUCUCGCGCCCUGACUGCAGAACGGAGCCAGAGGCAGCCCGCGCCAGGAGAGGUGGAGACCCCGGAGUCCCUCCUAGCAGCCCCGGCCCAGCGCCCUGGCUCAGACCACACACUGGAACCAAAAAGCCACAGGAUUCCACAUCUCCAACCUCCAGACCCAGACGCAGGAGUGUGGCUGUGAACUUGGAGCCAGCCUGUGGCAGGGCCCCGGCGGAAGGGCCUCAGUGGCCAUGGGGAGGACACGGGGCUAACCCUUCUCCCGUGCCAAGUCGUGCCCACGUCCGCAGCACUCUUGGGGCCCUGCAGACGCAGCCACUGCUUUCACAGCCUGGCUCAUGUGGUUUUCUGGCAGCCCGGGUGAGGAGACUGUCUGCAGGGGGUGGGGGGAGCCCCGUGAGGCGGCAGGAUGCUGGCCGGGUCUCAGUGUGCCCUCCACGCCAGCGGCCCGGGCCAGCAUGCGGCUCUUCUCUGAGCCUUCUCUUCUGGGGGCAGGGCCCCCCACCCCACGGGUUUGUGGGGCCCGUUAAGCCCCAGUACCUCCUCAGUGCUGGGAGGGGGUCGCUGACUGUGGCUCAGUAAAGGGCCCCCCCUCAGGAGUCCCCUGCCUGGUUUCAGGUGGGUGACCUUGAGCAGGUAGCUAGACCUCCCUGGGCCUUUUUUCUCAUUCCAUAAAAUGGGGAUAAGAUAAGGCUUUGUGGGGAUGAAAUGAGAUGGGGGAACGCGCACUGUCGAGAGAGCCCCCUGUGUCACGCACCCUCCCCGGAUCCCUGCUGGGUGCUGCGGCCUCCCUCCGACUGACUUGGCACCUCUGCCCCUUUCCCCUCCCCACCUGUCCUCUGGGUGUCAUUUCUUCCCCUUCCCUCCUCUUUCCGCUCUCAGUUUCAUUUCUCUGCAGAGACCCAGCCCGCCCCCCUCCAGCCCCACCCCGCCCUGGAUCCCCAGGUCACGUCCCGCUGUGCAGGGGUCGGGGUGGGGGCCUUCUGACGUCACAGGGUGUUUAUCCGUGCCCCGCCCUGCCCAACGCAAAUUUCAUCCUCCGUUCUCUCUGAAUCAAUUUACUUUUAUUGCCUCAGCUGCUCAAAAGCAAUUUUUCAAGAACAAAAAGGUCAGCACGUCCAAGACUAAUCAAUUCUCGGAGAGCUCCUGCCGCCAGCACCGCGGAGCCGGGACUGGUGGCCCCCGCCCUUCCCGCCUGCCCCCUCCCACCAGCCCCAGCGCUUUUAUUGCUUCAUGAUGCCUGUCAUUAGCGGCGUGUUUGAGACGCCCCACAGUGUCCUUACAACAUAAAACCUGGGCCACUUGCAGGGGGGGGGCCGGCGCGUUUAUGGCCGCUCGCGGGCUUGGACAGGAACAGCCAAGCUGAUGGAUUACCCGCAAGGGGAGCCAGGACAGGAGGCAUCCAGCCGCCGGGGCAAAGCUCCUGCCGCCUGCCUGCCCUCAGACCCGGCCCUGGGUCCCCCUACCCCGUCGCUGCGACGUUGGGCACCUGCCCACUGUCAUCCCUUCCUCUCAGAGCCCCUUGUGACCCUGCACCCCUGCUGGAAUGUCCCUUCUGAGCACCCCCCGCCCUCACAUGGUGCCAGGCCUCACCCCUUCCGACACUGUGAGGUCUGUGUCGCCAUUCCAGAUGGAAAACCAAGGCCCAGUGUCACAGAAGUAGGAAGGAGCAGAUGCACAGAUGCAGACUGGAAAGCAGGCUUGCGACCUGCCUGCGGUUGCACACGCGAGCCCUGCCCAGGGGGAGCAGAUCUGCUGUUCCUGGCUCUGCUCCUCCACGGCCCCCCACUGUCCUUGUCCCGUACCAUCCUGACAUGUGAUGCCCACGACAACAGCAGCUAAAAAGCACCACAGUUUCCGGGGCAGACCCUGCCCCCGGCAUAGACGGCCCCUCUAACCCCAAGACAGUCCUAUCAGGCAUUCUUACGACCAUUUUCCAGAUGGGGAAACUGACGCAGGAGGAGACAAAGAAUGUGCCCAGCUCCCACAGCUGGACGCUUGCAGUGGGGGCUGGGGCCCAGCUAUCUGCUUUUCCCUCUUUAAAAAAAUGGCUUAGGAGGUGCAAAUGCCAGAACAGACAAACCCGUAGAUGCCGAACGCAGACAGGUGGUCGCCAGGGGUUGGGGGAGGAGAAUGAGGA